AUGAGCCCUUGGCCGACGGAACACGUGUCCGGCUGCGGCUUGCUUACCCUCAUCUUCCAGGCCUGGAUGUGGGCAGCAGCAGUUGGUGGACUGCUGGCAGCAUGGUGCAUAGGAGCUGGAGCUUGCAGCGUCUUGGGAGCAACAUUGACAAUCACAGCUCACAUUAUGCUGUCAGCCAAACAUCAGGUUACAGUAAGGGUUCCAGAGGAGAUACCGGCCUUGCACAGUCUUAUUGCUAGUAUCCGAUGUGAAUCAGAAACAUCAAUGCCAUCACGGCAUGGAGUUGUCAUCAGCCGCAAGAUUGAUGCCGCCAUCAAUGAGCUCAUUGAUUUGUUCAUUGAGAACAAUGUAACACCAUGGUACUCAUCCAGGGUUAGUGAUCCUGCACCAAGCAUUGAGAUCCUCAGAAGUGUAUUAUGGUAUAGCAUUGUUGUUAUAAACGAGAGGGUGACACGUAUGGAUCAAGUGCGGUUCUUCACAGGUGGUGUUGCCACUUGUCUAACACGGCAUCUUGAACACAUUAGAGUUGCUCAGGCUGCUGGAGAGGCACGAGGUGAGAGAGGCAUUUUCCACUUGGUUCCCCAACUGAGCUCACCAGAGAGAGAGAUAAACUUUCUGAGGUUGGUGGCAGAACUUCUUGUGUCUCGGUGUCUUCCCCCUGAAUACUCACGCUGCACCCCAUUACGAACAUUGCUCAAGGAAUUGCUGGCCUGCAAAGUGUUUGAACCCAUGAUAGACCGUGUUUGUGACCCAGACUGGAUCAACCAAAGGUUAGUAUCAUACCUAAGGCAACAGCAAGCAGCUGAGGAGCUACACCGCCGCACCUACAUGUAUGCUGCCAGCUACGAGGACUUCAUCACCUUGAUCCAUGAUUCAACUGAUAUUCACGACUUGGAACACUUGAGCUUUGACAACUUCUUAGAGUUGGUUUUAGCCUCUGAAAGCACAGAAGAUAUAAUGAGGAUAAGGCGCAAUAUAAUCAACGAAAUAAUGCAAGCUACUGCUAUCAAUAACCUGAAGAAAGCCAAGGGAGUAGACCUGAGUCGAGAAAGUACUCCACAGGGUUCUGGGAAGGGUGACUUGCUUCAGGCCAGAAAUCUUAAGCGUUACAUCAACCAACUCACAUAUGCUAAAGCACAAUGCGAACGACGUAUCGCUAUUCUCAACAGUGGAAAGGGAGCAGCAGACAUAGGGCCUGUUGCAGAUGGCACUGGUAAUGCAGAUGAUUCUAGCACAGUACCUGAUAAUUUCACACAGUCUCUUCAGAAUCUCCCAGGCAGGAAGAUUCUCAUGUUCCAAGCACUCCUGGAAUCUGCCUUUGCACGCCGCUACUUCUCCAUCUACUUGGACGAGAUUGGCCAGGGAGCACUCAUCAGUUUUUGGUCAGCUGUGCAGGAGGUUCGUCAGUCAGACAAGAAGUUGCAUCACCAGUUGGGUACAGAGAUUUAUUAUACUUACCUCAGUCCAAAUCCACCUCCUGUAAAGGUUGAUAAGCCCACACUUCGAGGAGUUGAGGCAUUCCUGCUAGGAAACAGAGGUCCUGAAGUACUCUAUGAAAUAGGGGAAGAAGUGGAACGUACUCUGGAGGAACGUCACUACACUGGCUUCCUUGUGUCAUCUACCUACCAUGCAAUGCUCCAUCAGGCUGCCGUGCAGGGUGUAGACUUCAUGACUGAGUGUGCUGAGGAAGGGGGAGCAGGUAGCACUGAAGGCAGUAGCACAGAAUCAAUUGAGCAAGUGCAGCUUCAGCUCUCUGACCAUUCCACUUACGCACGUAACAAAUUAGCUCAUUUGCAGGAGCGGCUCAAUAAUAAACUACUGGCUCUGCAAGCAAUGAGACAAAGUGCCAAAGCAGAUGCCAAAGUCAUAACUCAUCUGGAAGGGGAGAUCAACCAGCUGCGAAGUGACCAUAAGGUGCUGGAGACACAUGUGGAGAGAACUGUCCUCUGGAGUGACAACAUUGGGCGAUGGAGAGUUCACGUCCAGAGUGUGCAGUUGGUUGAAGAAAAGGACAUCCCACACUUGGUCCUCUUGGUACACCUAGGUUCAGAGGAUUCAAAGACUUCUUCCUGCCAAGACCUCUCCUCGACACCCAUUACCUCAUCAUCUUCCUCAGUCUCUUCUUCUUCCUCUUUAUCAUCGGGUGUGGACAGUCUAGAGUCUUCACUGGUGGGCUCAGGACCUGGCAAUGGCUGGGUCGUCGUAAGAAAGCUUCCCCUACUUCUGGAUCUGCACAGAAAGUUAUGCCAAAUUGGUCCUUGGAUGAAAGCUGUAGAACUCCCAACAGUACCAACAAAAAUCCUCUUUGGAAAGGCUGCCGACAAAGCCCAGCUAGAAAAAGUACGAAGCGUGGCACAGAAUUAUUUUGAUGCUGUGCUUAAUGAUGAGAAGCUCUCUGGUUCAGAGCUCAUUUAUGCCUUCCUCUCACCUUCACCUGAGCACUUGAAGCAAGCAGGAACGCAGCGCAAAAAGUCAAAAUUUUCAUUUUCAACAUUCUUCAAAGGCAGAGAUGGUAAGAGUGAUAGUGAUGAGGAAGACCUAAGUUUAAUGAUGGAUGGUAGUGAGGCUGCAGUUGAUGGAGGUGUGGGUGGAGAUGCAGGCAAGGACUCUGUUGCUGAGCCACUCUUUUCCUUCUUGGAGGAAUUGUGUGAACUUCGAGGUGUAAGCAAGUGGCUCCGCAAAACUCUCAUUUCUUUUGUUCAAAUCACAUAUGGUAAAACCAUUACAAAACAUGUUCGUGAAACAGUGUCCAGUAUGCUGAGUGAAUCAAUGGUGCUGUAUUACAUACACACAGUCAAAGAUAAUCUCUGGCCCUCUGAAGAUGAGAUUCCAGCUACAGAACAGCCUCGUACUGAAGAUGAUAAACUGCGAACCAGGUAG